CUCUCGUUUGUAGCCUUGCUCUAUAAACCUAUAAACCGAGUUGCUCGAAGCACCAAUGUUUUACAAGAUCUGUUGAAGCACACGCCGACCGAUCACCCUGAUUACCCGCUCCUCCAAGACGCUCUUCGGAUAUCCCAGAACUUCCUCUCCAGCAUCAACGAGGACAUCGAUCCUCGCAGAACGGCCGUCACUACCCCGAAAGGAGAGAACCGCCAGCUGGUCAAGGAUGGGUUCUUGGUUGAGGUGGCCGAAGGAUCUCGCAAGCUGCGCCACGUUUUCCUUUUUACAGACGUUUUACUCUGCGCCAAGUUGAAAAAAACGGGCGUUGGGUGAGUCUCGGC